AUGAACACUCGUAUUGUCGUUGAAACGAUUCGAACAGUAGAUUUCAAUUCAAAUACAAAUACUAAAAAAACACCAUUCAGUCAUCAUUUAUUUUCUGCAAAUUCAUUUCUUAAUUAUACGAAGUCAGAUCGAAGAACGAGUUCACCAAUUGAUCAUCAACCAGCAGAAGAAGACAACGAAGAUAUUCCUACGGACGACGAUCUUGACGAAGAUUCAUGUAACAGUAUUUAUCCACAUGAUCAACAACAAGACGAAGUGACUAAAGAUCAAGAAAGUGCUGAUACACAUACAAUUUGGAAUGCAAAUAAAGUUUCACCAACAUACGACGAUAAUACACCAAGUAUUCAAUAUUCAAAUUCUGAUUCGGAAUUAGAAAAUUCAAAUCAUAAUACAAAUUCAAUAAAUAAUAAUCAUCAUCAUCAUCAUCAUCCUUGUCGAGAAUGUGGAAAAUCUUUUGCUACAACAAGUGGUUUAAAACAACAUAUGCAUAUACAUUCAUCAAUAAAACCAUUUCAAUGUGAAGUUUGUUUUAAAUCUUAUACACAAUUUUCAAAUCUUUGUCGACAUAAACGAAUGCAUGCUGAUUGUCGUACACAAGUUAAAUGUAGAUUUUGUGGACAAACAUUUUCGAACAGUGCUGCACUUAAUAAACAUCGACGUUUUUGUGGAGAUAUAACUUCAUUUAAUCAUACUUCUUCAAAAUCACCAUUAUCAAUUCCAACACAAGCAGCGCCACCUCAACCACCACCACCACCACCGGUACCACCUCAACCAACAAAUCUUCCAACAAUGUCUUUAAAUAAAGAACAAAUGAAUAAUUGGUUAUGGAAUUCAAAUUUCCCAUAUUCACUUCUUCCUUAUUUACCACGUUUAGCAACAAUAAAUCCAUUUCUUAAUGGUACAUUAUCACCAUUUUUUUCUCAUCCAUUUUCAUCAUCAUCAACAACAACAACAACAAAUACAAAUGAUUUAUCACCAGUUAAUUCAAUUGAAGAAAAAACAAAUUCAUCAACAACACCAAUAUCAAAUAGUCCAAAGCAAGAACAAACAAUAAAACGUUUUAAUAAUGAUGAUAUUCCACUUGAUUUAAGUGUUAAAAAAUCUCGUUAUGAUCAAUCACCAAUAACAUCAAAAUCAUCAUCACCUGAACGUGAUAUAAAAUCUCCAUCAAUAAUACAAAAUGAAUCAAAUCAACAAAAAUUUUCAUCAACAAAAUAUGAUGUUGAUUCAUUAUUAAAUCAUGUUAAAAAUACAAAAUCAAAUUUUAAAUUUGAUAUGAUUAAACAUUUAAAUACAUUUUAUCAUCAACAAUCAACAACUAUUUCAUCAUAUCCUCAAACAUCAACAACAACAACAACAGCAACAAAUAAUAAUAAUAAUAAUAAUAAUAAUACUAAUCCAUUUGAUAAUUGGCAACAACAUCAAACAACAAAUAAAUUACAAUAUUUUAAUACUCGUUUAAAUAAUAAAGAUAAAUAUACAUGUUCUUAUUGUGGAAAAGUUUUUCCACGUUCAGCUAAUUUAACACGACAUUUAAGAACACAUACAGGCGAACAACCAUAUCGUUGCAAAUAUUGUGAACGAUCAUUUUCAAUAUCAUCUAAUCUUCAACGUCAUAUUCGAAAUAUUCAUAAUCGAGAAAAAAAAUUUCCAUGUCAUUUAUGUGAUCGUCGUUUUGCUCAACAAAUUAAUCUUGAACGUCAUUUAACAAAACAUGAACGUGGUUUACCAUUAGAAGAUUUAUCUGGUGAUGAUGAUACAUCAUUAAAUGAUUAUCCAAUACAAUCAUCAACAUCAUCAAAUCAAACACAAUUAUUAACAAAUGCAGCAGCAACAGCAGCAGCUGUUGCUGCAGCAUUUCAUCAACAACAUACUAUGGAUUUAUUUCAACGUUUAUUACCAACAAAUACAAAUAAUUGUCAAACAAAUAAUUCAAUUAUAAAUCAACGUCGUUCAUCAUCAGUUUCAUCAACACAUACAACAACAUCAACAACAAAUUCAUCAUUACAACAAACUAAUGUUGAUGAAGAUGAUACAAUACAAAAUGAAGAACAACCUGAUAGUUGUUCACAAUCAAUACAAUCCGAAGAUGAUGAAGAUAUUUCAUCACCAAUUAAUUCUUGA